AUGGUUCUUUGGAGCAAGAAAUCAGUCGUUGAAUCGAAAAGCCAUCAAAGCUUUCUGUACAUUGAAAAACGGAACUGGUCAAACGGAGACACCUCACUCGACACUAAGAUCAGUGUCGACAACUCGCAUUGUUUUUUUUAUUCUUUUCCGCCUUUCUUCUUUCUUCUUCGUUUCAGUGUUUGUUCUUUAUUUUUUCCUUCCUUCCUUCCUUCCUUCCUUCCUUCCUUCCUUUAUUCCUUCCUUCCUUCCUUCUUUCCUUUAUUCCUUCUUUCCAUCCUUUCUUCCUUCCUUCUUUCCUUCCUUUCUUCCUUCAUUUAUUCUUUCAUUCCUUCUUUCCUUCCUUCUUUCCUUCCUUCUUUCCUUCCUUCCUUCUUUCCUUUGUUCCUUCCUUCUUUCCUUCCUUUCUUCCUUCCUUUAUUCUUUCUUUCUUUCCUUCCUUCCUUCCUUCCUUCCUUUAUUCCUUCCUUCUUUCCUUCCUUUAUCCCUUCCUUUAUUCUUUUCUUCCUUCCUUUCUUUAUUCCUUCCUUCUUUAAUUCCUUCCUUCUUUCCUUCUUUCCUUCCUUCCUUCUUUCCUUUGUUCCUUCCUUCCUUCUUUCCUUCCUUCCUUCCUUCCUUUAUUCCUUCCUUCCUUUAUUCCUUCCUUCCUUCCUUCUUUCCUUCCUUCCUUCCUUCCUUCCUUUAUUCCUUUCUUCCUUUAUUCCUUCCUUCCUUCUUUCCUUCCUUUCUUCCUUCCUUCUAACGUUCUAUCUUUUUCAUUUCUUUCUUUCUCUCUCAAUCUAUAUCUCUCUUUUUCUAUUGCUUUCUUUCUUUCUUUCACUUUUAACACUUUCAUUUUUCUGUCUUGAUUUUAUACGCCUCGACCAAACGGAUUCAAUAUUUCUCCUUCUUUUUCAAUUUUUUACCAACUUUUCUCUAUUUAUCUGGCCUUCAUUUCUCUCUUCAUCACCUUUUGUCAUCCUCUCCUUGUCUUCUUCACUUUCUAUCUUUGCCUUCAGUUUUAUUCUCCUUCUGUCUUCUCUUUCAGUCUUUUUCACUUUCUGUCUCCUUCCCCUCUAUCUGUCUUCUUUACCUUCUGUUUUCUUUAUAAUCUGUCUUCCCAUUCUAUCUUCCUCUAUUUCUGUCUUCUUCACCUUUUAUCUUUUUCGCCUUCUGCCUUUCUCUCCCUCUGUCUUAGUCAACUUCUGUCUUCUUCACAUUAUGUCUUCUUCAACUUCACACUUCUUCGUCUGCUGUCUUCUUCAAAUCAUGUCUUCGCCUUCGGACUUCCGUAUUUUUAGUCUUCUUUUUUCUUCAUAUUCUCUCUUCUUUGCCUUUUGUCUUCUUCAACUCCUGUCUUUCUCUUUUUCUUUGCCUUGUGUUUUCUUCAAUCUCCUGUCUUCUUCACCUUCUGUCUUCUUCGCCUUCUGUCUUCUUCGCCUUCUAUCUUCACCUUCUGUCUUCUUUGCCUUCUGUCUUCUUUACAUUCUGUCUUCUUCACCUUCUGUCUUCUUUACCUUCUGUCUUCUUUACCUUCUGUCUUCUUCGCCUUCUGUCUUCUUUGCCUUCUGUCUUCUUUACCUUCUGUCUUCUUCACCUUCUGUCUUCUUUACCUUCUGUCUUCUUCACCUUCUGUCUUCUUUACCUUCUGUCUUCUUCGCCUUCUGUCUUCUUUGCCUUCUCUCUUGUUCACCUUCAGCCUUCCUCUACUUUGCUUUCUGUUUUCAUGGCCUUCUGUCUCACUUUUAUAUUUCAUUUCGUCUGCAUUUUGCUUUUUUCUCCUAUGUUCAUUUUUCUCAAGCAUUUUCCUUCUUCUUCUUCUUCUUCUUCUUCUUCUUCUUCUUCUUCUUUCUCUCUCUCUCGCUCUCUCCCUCCCUCCCUGGGUUGUUUUUUAUUUGA